AAUAAAAAUUGUUCUGACAAAUACCCUUCUCUAACAGGAUAAAGUGAGUGUUUUCUUUUUUCAAUCGAUACAACCUAAUUGCUUUCACUCUUCAACUUAGCAAUCACACAUGACUAUUUAUUAUCAACGAUAACAAUAGAAACCUUGAAAAGAUCGUGAAAACACAGAGCGCAAAAAUUCUCUAUCGAAUAGCUGUAGAAUGAAUUUUUUUUGAGAAUGGUGAGAUCAUCUUUGAAAAGCCAACAAAAAUAAGUUUAUAUAGAAGAUUUUUUCUAUCUAAAAGUUGCGAUCUUUAUUUAUAUAUGAGCUUGUAGAUGAAGAGCUACCUUACAACAACGCAAUAGUCGAAGACUUUCUCUUCUGACAAGGCACCUUAAUUUUCGUUUUUCUUAAAUGUUCAUUUCUGAAAAAUCGACAUCCGUUUUAUGUUUAAAGGAGCUAUUGAACAAAAAUGCUUGAGUCAGAGAACUGUCCGCUCUACAAAAUGAUUGACUGCGACAAUUUUCAGCAUGUUCAAAAACAGACUUAUAGUAUAAACAAAAACUUGUUAGCUCAUCAUUUAAAAUGAUUUUUUAGAUCUUUCAAAAAGUCACUCACUACUCUUGAACAAAAAUAGACAGAAUAUUUCGAAGUCCGUAUCCAAAUUCUAACCGCGAUCUAUAGUUUUUGGUUUGUCUGAGAUGCUUUCAAGGAGAUUAACAUGAACAAACAUGUUCACCAGAAACUUCAGCUCAACAAGUUUCAUCUAAACUAAGUUUUUGAGCUUUUCAAAGAUUAUUUCACUACUGUCGAACAAAAUUUCUAAACUAAUAUUUGGAAAGAGCAUCCUAAUUCAUAGCUUCUGACUUGUCGGAAAUACUUUUGAUCAAGUCAAAAGUAAAACAAAUAUCUUAUAUAAAAAAUUCUCCGAACAUUUGAUUGUAAUUAGAACUUGUGCCAAAGUGUAAUUGUUAUUAUUUUUUGUUUAAGUUAAAAACACGUGAAACUAGUGCAGAAAUUCAACAAAAAUUACCAUGGCGUUUACAUGUAUUUGAAAAUAUUCCUGAUCAUCCUCAAAUGAUUGAAUUAUCACAAGAAUAUUAUAGAAAUGUAAAUAAUCAACGUUUAUUAAGUGGUGAUGCUAAUCAAGUAGAAUUAGCAAGUAUAGCUGAUAAUAAAGUAUCAAUAUUCAUAGAACAAAAUAAGAUUCGACUUGAUCGAAAAAAUUCGAUGCGUCGUUCAGGUUAUCGAUCAAAACCAGUAAAUGUUAUACAUGAAAAUGGAUAUAUUGGUCGAAAUCAUGAUGAUUAUGAUAUCAAACUAUUUCAAUAUCGAAAACAACAAGCUGAAAUAAAAGGAAAUCAAGAGGAAGAAGAUCUUCGUGAAAAUCAUCCAUCUUUUGAUAGACCUUUAUUUAUAAUUGGACGUGAAAGUAAUUUUCGAAAAUUUUGUCAAUUUCUUGUAGAAGCUCGUUAUAAUGUUAAAACUAAAGAUUCUCUUGGACAAGAAUUAAAAAUUAGUCGAUAUAAACAAGGAUAUAAAUUUCUUGGUUUAGUUACAUAUCUUUAUUGGAUUAUCAUACUUGGAACAAUAUUAUCAACAAUAGCCGAAUAUCUAUUUGUUAUUUUUAUGAGUGUUGAAUUAACAUUAAAAAUUUUUGCACAUGGUUGA